CCGAUUUCUCUUUUAAAUAUCUCUCUCUCUCUCUCUAUCUACCUCUCCUUAUAUUCUUUUCUCUUUAACGAUUGAUCUUGAAUUCUCCAAUGGAUGACGGUGGAGGAGUGAGAGCAGGGUGCAUUCGGAUCAGAUGUCCGUCUCCACGGAGAAUCGUGUCUCGGUGGUUCUCUCCACAAGGGAAGAAGACGGCUAUGGCAGAAGCAAGGGUGAGAGACGACUGUGACGCGGUGAGGAUCAGAACUUCCUCGGAUGGUCAUCAUGGUGUUGGCCAAUUUUCAGAUUCACCGUCACCUACUAUCCAUUCCGAAUUGCAAAGAAGGGAAUUUUUGUUCAGCAUUGGAUUGAGUUGUUAUUUGAUACAUUUGAUUGCUACUGGUAGAGAAGAGAUUCACAAGAUUGUUGAGUUACGUAACGAUUUAGAGAGGUUUUUGGAAUGUCGAGACGAAGAACUGAGGCGAAAACAGCAAGAGUUUGUCGAGUUACGGAACGAUAUAGACAAGUUUAUAGAAUUUCACAACGAUGAAUUGAGGCGAAAACAGCAAGAGUUUCGCUUUCGGAAGCAAGAACAAACUGAAACCUCUGCAUAUUCCGCCACAAGUGAUGUUGUAGAUGGCCCUGAAUCGUCUACUGAUCACUAUUACUCUCCUCAGAUCAUGGAGACAUCUAUGAGUGUUGGAGGUGAAGGGUCUUUGUCACAUUAUGUAUAUAAGCGAGGGGAUGAUUCUGGAGGUGAAAUGGAUCAGCUUGAAGCUGAACUUGAAGCUGAGUUUGAGCUUCUUCAGAUUGGUCAAGACCAUGAUGGUACAAGUUCUAAGCUCAAGGAGGUUUCGAGUGAAGAUGCAGAAGGAUUAAGAUUGGGACACGUGUGUCCAGGACUAGUGGAGGAACAACAAGGAGUGUGUCCGUAUGAGCUGGAGAGAAGACUACACGAGCUCAUGGAGACAAGACAACAAGAGGAGAUAAAGGAGUUAGAGAUUGCAUUGGAUGAUGCUAAACAAAGGCUUCAUUUGAAGGAGAGAGAAGCUUCUUGGUGGAAAGACACUGCUUAUAUAGUCUCUGAACGUAUUCCAGAACCUUCUAGAAUCACUUACAGCUCUCGAACUCAUCCUUACCCUCUCUCAAGGUGAGAAUUUGGUAUUUCACAAUUCAUUACAAAAAGUAGAACAGAGUAUGUAAUUUUGUGAGAAGCAACAUGUUAAUUAAUGGAUUUGCCUUAUUUUCUCUU